CUGGAGAGUGGCACGGAGCCAACAUGGCCUGUAAACAACAACAGCGUCCAACCGAAGGAUGAACCGGCUCUGAGUGUCGGCCUGCCGCUGUCUGCCGCCCGAUUGGAUCCACACACGCAUACGCACACGCGCACACGUAGGAAAGUGAUUACCAACAAUGCUUCGAUGGUGUGUCUGAUUGAUAUCCUUCAGACAGGACCACCUUCUCCUCAGCCGGCCGCUUACAAGCCAUGUCCUCACAGCAACCCAACAGCUCAACCUCCAACAGCUCCGCCGCCGCCGUCUUGGGUUCUCCUUUCUCUGUCAUCAGUCCCUCACUGAACUCCCCCGUUGUCUCACCUUCUGUGGGAUUUGGACCCAUCAGUAACAGCCAGAUCUCUUCUUCAGCGCCCACAUCAGGGAUGCAUUCAAUCAGCAGCUCCGAAGAUAUUAAGCCUCCGUUUGGCCUGAGGCCCAUGCCAGCUCACAGCCCGGGAAUAAUGCUGUCUCAGAAACGAAUGUGUGUCAUCUGUGGAGAUCGUUCCUCUGGUAAACAUUACGGAGUGUACAGCUGUGAGGGUUGCAAAGGUUUCUUUAAACGCACUGUGCGUAAAGACCUGAGCUACACCUGCAGGGAUAACAAAGAGUGCCUGGUUGACAAACGCCAGCGUAAUCGCUGCCAGUACUGCCGCUACCAGAAGUGCCUGGCCAUGGGAAUGAAGAGAGAAGCGAUCAAACAUGCAAAGUGGAUAGAAGAAGAUGGAAAGGAUGAGAGAUGGAUGACGGUUCAGGAGGAGCGCCAGAGGAACCGAGAGCGCGAAGGAGAGAUGGAGUUCAGCAUCGGCGUGAACGACGAGAUGCCCGUGGAGAAGAUUCUGGAGGCGGAGACGGCUGUGGACCAGAAGACUGAGCUUCACUCUGACGGAGGCUCUGCGGGGAACUCGCCCCAUGACACCGUCACCAACAUCUGUCAGACAGCAGACAAGCAGCUGUUUGCUCUGGUGGAGUGGGCCAAGAGGAUCCCCCACUUCUCCGAGCUGCCCCUCGACGAUCAGGUCAUCCUCCUGCGUGCAGGCUGGAAUGAGCUCCUGAUUGCUUCGUUCUCCCAUCGCUCCAUCCCCUUAAAGGACGGCGUCCUCCUGGCCUCCGAGCUGCAGCGCGACAGCGCGCACAGCGCAGGAGUGGGAGCCAUUUUCGACAGAGAGAGCGUGCAGAGUGCAGAGGUCGGCGCCAUAUUUGACAGGGUUCUCACCGAGCUCGUCAACAAAAUGAGAGAUAUGCAAAUGGACAAAACAGAGCUGGGCUGCCUCCGAGCCAUCGUCCUCUUCAACCCAGAUGCUAAAGGAUUGUCCAACACCAGCGAGGUGGAGCUGCUCAGAGAAAAGGUCUAUGCAUCAUUGGAAGCCUACUGCAAACAGAAGUAUCCAGAGCAGCAGGGAAGGUUUGCGAAGCUCCUCCUCCGACUGCCGGCACUGAGAUCCAUCGGCUUGAAGUGUUUGGAGCAUCUCUUCUUCUUCAAGCUGAUCGGCGACACACCUAUUGACACUUUCCUCAUGGAAAUGCUUGAAGCGCCCCAUCAGUUGUCUUAGAUAGGAAAACACGUGACACUGUGGUGUUAGGUAGCUGAAGUCUGGGAAGCGGGCGUGGGACUGGAGUGGCACUUUAAGUUCUUUGAAGAUUUGUCAGUUUGUCUCACUGCUGUCUGCGCUGCACUCCUUUCAGUGCAGCACAGAUUUGCUCUUUAGACCAAACCCAAGGCUUGGCAUGAUCUACAAGCUGGUGCUAUAUGUUGAAAUAACGUCACGAGUAACUAUGGUAAAAGAAACUAUUUUUUUGAAAUGUAAACAUUUACAUAUUUCACUUGCGGGAGCUAAAAUUUGGGUAUAUGUUUUUAUAUCGACUUUUUAGACACCUCACACAUUACGAGUCAGCCGUUCCUUUGACUGAACCGAUCCCGACAACCUGUUCUUUUUCUCUCUCUCCUUUUCUUUUCCUCCUUUCUUUCGAAAAAGGCAGGCAACCUGAAUUAUGGGCGGAGAUUUAGUCUUUUUGUAGAAAUUUCAAAUUCAAGCCAGAUCUAAAAGUGCAUUUUUGUACCAAACCAGGCAGUGAGUGCUGUGUCCAACUAAGAAGAACCAUGUUCAGAUCUCAAAGUGAAAUCAAGUCAGUCAAUCGAGGGUCAGCUUUAUGCAUCUACAGAUAGUGUCGUUUACUUCUUUACCAUUAUUAAAAAAAAAAAAAAGAAAAAGAAACAAAAAAAGAAAUCAAAUCUCUUUGUGGUUGAUGAUUUGACUGCACUGCACACUUGCUACGAACUAUUUCUAAAA